AUGUCUGUAAUUGGAAAAGUUGUGGCGCCCAACGUAUCGUAUAAAUUCGGAAAAUUAGGCGCGUCAUUACUAUCGGUUAAAUAUAAUCGUAGCUAUUUUACGUACACUCAAGAAUUAUCACAACCUCUAGACAGGAAACCUGAGUUUGUCAGCGCUAAAGAAGCAUUUGAAAAAUGUCUAAAAUCAGGUCAAACAGUGUUCUCUCAAGGUGCAGCGGCAACCCCCUUUCGUUUACUGGACGCUAUGACGGACGUCGGCGUUGCUGGUUCAUUGAGAGACAUCAAAGUUGUCCAUAUGCACACUGAAAUGGAAGCCAAAUAUGUCGCGCCCGAAUGCAAGGAUAUUUUCAGAUCUGUGUCCCUGUUUAUGGCAGCCAAUGUAAGGAAGUCAGUGGCAGAAGGCAGAUCAGACGCGAUUCCCAUAUUCUUGCAAGACAUCCCCAAGUUAUUCCAUAGAAAGAUUAUUCAACCUGACAUUGCUGUUAUCCAGGUAUCACCCCCAGACCAGCAUGGCUACUGUAGUUUGGGUACUUCAGUGGACUGUGUCAGAGCUGCACUAGUCAAUUCUAAAAUAAUUAUAGCUCAGAUAAACUCUCACAUGCCCCGUACAUUCGGUGAUGCUAUAAUCCACGUGUCCCACGUGGACUAUGCGGUGGAAGAUCAUUCUCCUCUACCAUCACACGGAGGGAAGCCAGCCAGUCCAGAAGAGAUGAAGAUUGGAGAACUCAUCGGAGACAAUCUAGUGGAAGACGGCGCUACUCUACAAAUGGGUAUCGGAAAUAUACCAGAUGCAGUUCUUUCCUCUCUAAAGAACCACAAAGAUUUGGGUAUACAUUCAGAGAUGUUUAGUGUCGGGGUUAUUAACCUUGUAAAACGCGGUUGCGUUACAAACAAUAGAAAGAAAUUCCACAAGGGCCGCAUAGUGGGCAGCUUUCUGGUUGGCAAUCGGGAUUUGUACGACUUCGUCGAUAAUAACCCUUUCAUUGAAAUGUUGGAGAUAGACUACGUGAACAACACUCAUAUCGUUUCGCUACAGCCCACCAUGACAGCGAUUAACUCCUGUAUCGAAGUGGACAUAACUGGACAAGUAUGUGCUGACUCCAUUGGUACCCGCAUGUACUCCGGUUUCGGAGGGCAAGUUGACUUUAUUCGUGGGGCUGCCGAAUCUGUCGAUGGUAAAGGGAAACCGAUAAUCGCUAUUGUGUCGUCGACUAAGAAGGGCGAAAGCAAGAUCGUGCCUACCCUCAAAAACGGUGCGGGGGUAGUAUCGACUCGUGCGCACGUACACUACGUGGUCACAGAGCAGGGUAUUGCCUACUUAUUCGGUAAAAGUCUUCGCCAGCGGGCCUAUGAACUCAUAAAAAUAGCCCACCCAGAUCAUCGCGAGGCUCUUGAGAAAGCUGCUUUCGAACGUCUGAAGUGUAUGCCAUCGCCUUAA